AUGGUUGUCGUCAAUUUCACGCAGAAUUUAUCCUCCGUGCUUUUGGAUCAGAAACGUUUGCGCAGCGAGCAGUUAACGUUUUUCACGCGGCACUGGGGUGAUUCGUUUGUUCAUAAAAACCGUGUUCCUUCUUCUCCAUUGUUGCGGACCGUGCCACCAGACUAUUUCAACAAAUAUCUUGAAACCACAGCGAAGAAGCAUCGACAGUGUUUGAGAGCAAAGCGUGAACUCCGGCGCACUUUAGCACGUCAUCAACAAGACACACGUACUGACGCCGAUGAUGUACCCACGAUUUUACUAGAUCCGCAUUUUUCAUUGGCUGACUCGCGCACUUUCGAAGCAAUAUUCCUAGAGCCAGUAUGUGGUGAGCCAGACCGCCUGAAUGUCGAUGGCAAACCGUAUACGACUUUCUUGGAGCGGCAGCGUCGUGACAGUGGUACUUCGCUCACACUGAGCAUCUCCGAAGAUGCAAAGUCGUUGCAGCCCCAUGAAUCCUAUGAAGCUGGGGGCGGCCGUUACUUUCGCCCAUACGAUGUGCUACAGAACUGCCUGGAAUUUUAUCAUGAUCUAGUGGAUGCAAGGCUCAACAAUCAGCUGGCAGCAAAGUCCAAUUCCUUCUGGAAAGCUGUUAUUUCCUGUGGAAGUUUGAGUGGCGAAUUGGCGGAUGCAAAAGAAAAAGUUGCAUUAGUAAGGUGGAAUUUGAAAAAAGUGGAUGUGAAAUUAUAUCACCGUAUGGUCAAGGUCAUAAGUCUCUAUAAGGCGCGACAGCAGCAGACUAAAAUACUGCAAAAAUUACAGGACAUGACAUGCCUGCGUGAUGCUCAGUUAACUGUCCAAAUGCUUCUUAAUCAAAGUGACUACCCAAAAGCUCUGGAGUGCAUUGAAACAGCGCAAGAUGUUCUGAACAACGAGCUGCGUGGCGUUGUUUGUUUUAGGCAUUUGGGUUCACAGUUACAGGAAUUGCAUAAAGUUAUUGCAAAAAUGUUGUAUGAAGAGUUUGUAACACUAAUACAGAGGGAACUGGGUCGUCAGUGUGAAAACGAAAAUGAAGCUGCUUAUCAAGAGGGUCAGUUAAAUCCUAUUGUGAUCGGACUACUGCGUGUACGAGAGUAUCGUUUUGUCCAAGUAUUACAACAGGAAAUUGUUGAAGCACUGAAAAACACUUUAAGACAGAUAAUGAAGGCGCAUGUUCUGAAAAGUAUUAGUGAUGACGAGCUGUCGGAAUUCGAUCCAUCACUUGGCAAUUUAUGUACCCAGAUGCGCAGACUGGAUUUCAACCAAUGGUUCAAUGCGUUGAAACACGUCCUUCAUGUACUGUAUUUGAUGUGUCGCCGGGUACAGAGCAUACAGGAAGUGAUCAUCGAUAAUAUUGAACAUUUCUCGAAUACUGUGGCGAGGAGGCCAAGCCAAACAGAACAAAAUGUCGAUGAGCUGUGCUCCUCGACUUUUGUUUCUGAAUCUAAUGGAAAAUUAUUAGCCCGGUAUAUUUUUUAUAGUUGGUCGUAA